AGACACUGUUUUUUUCACUGCACACCUUUUAAUGGCCGAGGAGGACAGAGGAAAGGGUAAGAGAAAGACUUGCCAAGAACAAGAACAAGUACAAGAACAAGAACAAGAACAAGAACCCGAGGACUGGUGUUUUGAAUGCAAGGAUGGUGGACAACUGGUUAUUUGCGACCAUGAGAAUUGUGGAAAAGUUUAUCACCCGGACUGUGUUGGCAAGGAUGAUUCUGUUUUUGGCAGUGUAGAAUCUUGGGUUUGUGGUAGGCAUUAUUGCUCUGACUGCAAUAAACCCCCAAAGUUUUAUUGCCUUGGCUGUCCAAAUGCUGUAUGCACAAAGUGCGUUGCUUCCUCAGAAUUUACUGUUGUUAGAGGGGUAAAAGGCUUAUGCAGCGACUGUUUGGAGCUGGUUGAGAUUAUUGAACAAAAUUUGGAUCAUGACUCGGAAGGGAACAAGUUAAGCUUGAAUGACAGGGAAACAUAUGAAGGUUUAUUCAAGGAAUAUUGGGAAAUUAUUAAGGUAAAAGAAGGAUUGACUGGUGAUGAUGUCUUUGAUGCACAACCCAACUACAAAAAAGGUAAAAAUUUUCUGCUUCAUAGAAAUUUUAGUGAAGGCGAAGAAGAAAAACAAGAUGACUCAAUGGCAUGGGAUAGUAAUGAAGAUUAUACAAGUAAGCAUAAGCUGACUAAAAGCAAGAGGUCCAGUUCAGAGGAGUUUGUUGGAUGGGGAUCAAAACCUCUCAUUAGCUUCCUUGCAUCCAUUGGGAAAUAUGAAAAUGAACCAUUGACGCAAUGGGGUGUAAAAUCUAUUAUAUAUGAAUACAUUAAGGAGAAAAACCUUCAUCACCCAAAAUACCAUUGGAAGUUCCUCCCUGAUGAAAAGUUGUUUCCUAUAUUUAGAAAGACAGUUAUAUCAAAAUCUCAGAUAUACCCUCUGUUGGAGUUUCACUUCGCCAAAAAAUUGUAUGAUUCAGCAGGGGAGAAAAAUGAUAAUCAAAACAAUUCUACAGAUAAGCAUCUCAAUGAUCAUACAUCAUGUAUCAAAAGGAGAUUGUCAAGCUUAAUAGGAAAACCUCUAUUGAAAAAAGGAGAUUUAUUUAUCAAACCUAGUUGUUUUGCAUCCAUUAAUCCCAAUAAUAUAAACCUUAUCUACCUAAAACAAAGUUUGGUGCUAAAAUUAUCAAAACAGCUUGAAAAUUUUAUGGAUAAGGUUGUUGGAACCUUCGUCAGAGCCAAAGUGGAUUCCAAUGAUUAUAGGGAAAGGAAGUCUCACCAUCUCCUGAGAGUUAUAGGUGUUGUAUUUGAUGAAAUGUCUAAUGGAAUUCUCUUGCAAGUUUCCUUCAUGCCUAAAGCCAUUCCCAUUUCUGAGGUAUCUGAUGAAGACUUCACAGAGCAAGAAUGUGAGGAUUUGCGACAAAAAGUGAAAGCCCACUUGCUCAAGAAAAUAACUGUCGUGGAACUUCAAGAAAAGGCUAAAAGUCUUCACGAGGAUAUAAUAAAGCAUAGAAUUGCAACACGCUUGGUCUAUUUGCAAAAUCAAAUUGACCGUGCAAAUCUCAAGGGACGACAAAGGGAAAAAAUUGCAUUACUAGAAGAAAGGGAACAACUUGUACAACCAUGGAAACAAGAGCAACUACUAAGGCAUGAGCCAUCAGUUUCUCCCGAGCUUAUUGAGGCAAAAUAUGAGGAUUCUGAAGAAGAAAAACUGGAAACGUAGACAGGACCAAUGAUUUCUCUUCCUGCUGUAGUCAGUUUUCAGUUGAACUCAAUCAUAUUUCAACUAACAACAGGUGAUGAUGAAGCUGUGCUAUGUGGUGGUUUAGGUUGGAGUUUUUAACUUGGAAACGUUAAUUCCUUAUUGUUGUUCGAAGUACUAUCAGGUUCUGUACCAAAAAAGCUCCAUGAUGGGGUUCUUAAAUAAUUUUGGCAGACAGAAAUCAUGAAUGUACAUAUUUUAACCCCAUUUUUUUUAUCUUCCACCAAAUUCUACUUCUAGGAAGUUUCCCACACCU